AUGGCCGACAAGCUCACCUUGUACACCAACCACCGCUGCCCCUGGGCCCACCGCGCGCACAUUGCCCUGGCCGAGCUCGGCAUUCCCUUUGAGGAGGUCAUCAUCGACCUCGACCGCCCCCGCGACCCCUGGUACCUGGAGGUGAACCCGCGCGGCCUCGUGCCGUCGAUCAAGUACGGCGACGAGAUCAUUACCGAGUCGGCUGUUGUGGCGCAGUUCCUGGCCGACCUGCACCCGGACAAGGCGCCCCUGGUCCCGACGUCGACGGCCGCCGGCGGUCCCCUGGCGCGGGCCCGCAUUGCCUUUUUCGUCGAUACCUACUUUACCAAGGUGCACUCCCACGUCAUCAAGCUGGGGCAGGCCAAGACCGCGGACGAGCAGGCGGCGGCGGGCGAUGCCAUUGUGGCGGCGGCCGUCAAGGAGCUGGAGCCGCUGCUGGCGGGCGGCGCCAAGUCGGCGUCGACGCCGGCGGCGAAGCCCUUCUUUGGCGGCAGCGAGCGCCUGACGCUGGCCGAGGUGCUGACGGGGUCCUUUGUGCUGCGGCUGGUGCGGCUGUCCAAGCUGGGCGUGUACCCGUCCAACGUGCCUGCGGCGGCGGCCGAGAAGGCGCCGGCCUUCUGGGCGUGGGCCGAGGCCGUGGCGGCGCACCCGAGCGUGACGGGCAUCUUUGACGAGAAGGCGGUGGCGGCCAGCACCAAGGCGCGUCUGGACAAGCAGCGGGCGGCAUGA